AUGACCUACCAGUACUCACAGCACAAGGCCUACAUGGACCUCCUACGUUCACGCAACGAAGUCCCCUACGUUCGCUCGUUCCCAGACAACCCAGCAGCAGGUGAUCGUCUAGUCAUCCUUCCAGCCGAGGACACAGCAUCCACAUCCCGCGGCCGACCGAUCGGACCAGAAUACUUCGAUGUCAACGAGAAGCUCGCUUUCAUGGACGUUCACGGCAUCGAUGUCUCUGUGAUCAGCCUGGCGAAUCCCUGGCUGGAUUGGCUACCCUCGGAGACAGCAGCAGAAGCUGCUCGGAUGAUUAACGAUGAUACUGAAAAGUUGUGUGCUGAUCAUGAAGGGAGGUUGUACGCCUUCGCGACGCUUCCUUUGUCGGCGUCAUCGGGUGAGAUUGUGCGGGAAAUAGAACGAGCGGCUGGGCUCAAGCACAUGCGCGGCAUUGUGAUGGGGUCGUCGGGGCUGGGCGCAGGUCUUGAUGAUCCGGCUUUAGAUCCUGUCGAGUAUGGCCAUGUCUUGCCGUUGGCACUCGGCUUCCCACUCGAGACGACGAUCGCCGUUACUCGCAUGCUGCUUGCCGGGGUGUUCGAUCGCUUUCCGAAGCUCAAUGUCAUGAUCGCUCACAGCGGUGGUACACUGCCGUUCCUCGCUGGCAGGAUCGAAAGCUGCAUUGCGCAUGAUGCACACUUGAAGAAAGAAGGUAGGAUAGUGAACAGGCGGAGCUUGUGGGAUGUGUUGAAGAGCAAUAUCUACCUGGACGCUGUCAUCUACGCAGAUGUAGGGCUGAAAGCUGCAGUAGAUGCUUCUGGCGCCGAUAGGUUGAUGUUUGGCACUGACCACCCAUUCUUCCCUCCGCUCGACAAAGGCGAGAAGGAAUGGCAGAGCGUGACGCUAAAUUCCAACGCCGUAACUUCUGCAUUCGGGGAAGACACCAAGGCCGCUGAGGCGGUCAUGGGAGGCAAUGCCAUGCGCAUACUUCGGUUGGGCAGUUGGAGUCCCCUCGCAUAG